AUGAACAUCGCGGAAGAACACGAGUUAAAGACGAUCAGAUUAGGUUCAUCUUAUUCUGACCGACGAUCACGCAUAGAUACGUCGAAAGAAAGCCGAAAGCCUAUGAAAACGCGCGAUACACACUCUUCAAUUACAGCAGACAGACGAGUAGGCCCCAUGGAGCCCUUUGAAUGCAACUAUAGCGAUAUUACCGCUGCGUAUUCCCUCUCACACAUUGAGCAUCAUCAAACAGACCGGUCCUCAAAAAUUGAGACACAAAGAGAAAACCGCAGGUCUUCACGUUCGAUUUCUCGUCAAGGUUGGAUAGUCAUCAUUGGCCAUUCAAUCUUGAUGGUCUUCACCAUCAUUUUUCUCAUCUUACCACUUUACAGACAAUGCGCUAUUCCCAAUCGAUCAGCUUUACUCGUAAAACGUUCACCUCGAAUCUCAAUAUUGAUUGUCACGGGACUUGCAACGAUUUGUUCGACAUCUGGAUCAUACUUGUUCUCGCGCGCUGUCGUUAUUAUGCUUCAGCGACGGUUAAAGAGACCUAUCUCUCUGAUCCAAUUGGUCUCCAUCAUUGAACUUUCAAGAGGUUCAUUAUCAAUAAAACUGUCCUACCUUAGUUAUUGUCUCAUCCCGAUCGUCCUAGUUGCUUUAUUGGAAACACUGACCGCUAGCUUUGCUACCUUACUCACUCCUACGAGGAUUGAGGUUAUGUCCACGAUUCGAGGGAGUGAGAUCGAUUUCGCUAGCGCAGCUUUUAAUGAAUUCUUCAUGACUUCGCCGAUUUAUAAUCAAACAGUAAAAUCUUUGCAAAGUAACGACCCAACGGCUCUUGGUCCUCUUCUGACAUCUAGUGGAAUAGCGUCUGCUUAUUCUGAACUCGGAUCGUCGAGUUUACUCAAAUUCAGAGGAGCAUUUUUCAAUGCUUCCACAGCUGGUGUGCUUCCCAUAUUGAAAAAAGACGUCAGUGGAAUGGAAGAUGAAUCAUCUACUCAAAAGGAUGUAAAAGGAAUACUAUCAAAUGAAAUUCCAAGUCGAUUUUCAAUAUCUGGUCAAACUUGGAAAUUAGGGAAACAGUUUUCUUCAAAUCAUACAAUGUUUCAACAAGGCUUUACUGCGAAGGUGAAAUGUAAAGUACGAAAUGUAUCCGAACCAAAUCGACCAUCUUUAUUGUCUUCUGCUAGACGUAUUGAAUUUCCAGAUGCCAAUGUAUCAAAAUCUUUGAAUUAUACUUUGUUUCAAUUGACUUUUGACGCAAAGUGUCCAGAUGGACAAGUCCUCGUGGUUGACAGUCUUGUCACCGCGAUUGGAACGAGAUUCCUUGAUGGAGGUAUAGCUCAGGUGACCCUGUGCUCUGACCAAGAUUUAUCUGGGAGUAAAACUCCAGGUCAUCAUUUUACCGGAUCAGGUGGGGGCUAUGGAUUUCUAGACUCAACUGUAUGCGAAAUAGACACCAGAAUCACAAAUGUCCAAGUAAAUUACAAAGGAUCCAUCAAUUCUGGUGAAGUGAACAAUACUCAAAGUAUUACAUCAGAGAAUGCGUUGAUCUCUAGGGCAAUAGUAUCACUUCUUUCAGUUAUGAUAAGUAAAUCUCAAACUAUUUAUACUACUGGAUUUGGUGAUGUGAUCAAAGCUAUUUAUAAUAGUCAAAACCCAUCAUCAACUUUGAACACUACUUAUUUUAUUUCUGGUGGUGCAAAUACUACUUUCAUUAAUCAGAUCUUAGAACUUUAUUUUAAAGGUCAAGUUGAAUUUUUAGCAAGCUACUUUAGAGCCGCUAUCUCAGUAGGAGGUGUAUUCCCAGAUGAUCAAUUACCUCAAAAUAUGACAAAGAAUGUAAAAGGUGAAUGGUAUACCGAAUCAAUAGGAUGGGAUCAGACAAAACAUAAAAAAACACCGUAUAUCCUUGGACCAUUAAUUCCAAUCUUUGUCAUUGGGUCUCUAUCAAUGAUUUUAGUUCUGGGACCAUACAUGGACUAUUCGGAAGAAAGCGGUAGGAAUCAAAAUCCAAAGUUUCAACCUGAUAAUUUGAUUGAGGUUUUAGUGGCUUCUACUUAUGGUGAACUUGGAAUUCAGCUGAGAAGAUUAAAGGGUCAAGGAUUGAAAAAAAUCGGAUUACAACAAGUCGAAGUUCUGGAACCUUUAGAUGAUGAAAGAUGGAAAAUUAAACUUCAUAGACCAAAUUCCUUGGAUUAA